AUGAGCCUCGAUCAUCUUAAGCGACUUCGACGCUCCAUGGAAAGGUGGACUCAGUUUGUGAAGAGCCAGAGGGAAACCCGCCACUCACUGAUUCUUGUAGAAACGCUCUCAUCGGUGUUGGUGAAUGAGGCAGCGCUGCGGGCUGGGAUGUACUUCAAGUGGUAUCGCUUUGCCCUCUUUGAUGCCAAGCUGCUGCGCCUUGAGGAGGAGAAGACGACAAUGCAGCGCGAGUGGGUCAUUGUGCAGAACGCGGUGGACAGAGGGAAUCUGUGCCUGAGCUUUGUGGUGAGGUUGAGGAAUUGGAGGUGGCGAUUGCUCAGCUGGCGUUUGAGCGGGACGAGGUGGAGAGCCAGAAUGCGGCUCUUCACUCCGAUUUGGAGUACCUGCAUGUGCAGAAGUCGCUUGACUGUCUCCUCGCCCUCUACCGUGACCCGCCCGAAGUUACUCGGGGAGCCCGCGGCUCUGGCUCUGUGCAGCGCAACCGGCGCUCGAACAACACAAGCCGUGACCGCGUGUUAG